GAAGGAAGUGAUAUGAAUAUUUUUAAUGCAUAAAUGCAUACUAUUAGAGUGGGCUGGGCUCAUUUUUGACCUUAAAAAUGAAGGUUGUAGCACUCUUUCUAACUAUCCUGCUAGCCAAUAGAGCUGUUCGUGCUGAUGAUGAAUGUCAUGGAACGUUCAAUAACCUUGUACCUUGGAGUGGGGACCUGGUCAAAGUCAAAGAAGUAGCUAACGGUAGCUUGUACACUGCUGGAGAUGGAGAUGAUCAAAUAUUUGUGUUGCAUGUCUAUGGCAGUCCUUAUGACAUGGGAUACGCUCAUGGUGUCCUUCUUAAGCCUCAAAUCCAAUCUCUGCUGCCAGCUUUCUUGAAACACGUGGAUGAGGAAUUGGAAGUGUAUCUUAAAGGAUUGCCACAGGUUGUCAAAGAUGAGGUAGCUAAAGUUGGAAUUAAUGAAGCAUUGGAGGGAACAUACCUUCUUACAAAGCCGUACACUGCCCAAUAUUUUUAUGAUGAGAUGAAAGGUUUGGCUGAUGGUGCUGAAAUGGACUAUAACAUGGUGAUCCGCAUUCACAUGCUACCAGAACUAGUCAAGGCUGGUUGCUCUAUGCUUGGGGCAUGGGGAGAUUCAUUGAGUAGCAAAUCAGGAUUGACACAGCUUCGUGCAUUAGACUGGGAUGUGAAUGGACCUCUUCAGGAUUAUCCAACAGUAGUCAUAUAUCAUCCUGACAAUGGUCAUGCCUUUGCUAAUGUUGGCUGGUCUGGUUGGCUGACUACCAUUUCAGGAAUGUCUUCCAGUGGCCUUGGAGUAUCUGAGAAGCACUCUGAUGUACCACUGGGACAGGAGUCAAGGAGUGGAAUCCCUUUCAACUUUCUCAUGAGAGAUGUGCUCCAAUUUGAUGAAUCACUUGAACAAUCAAUACGGAGGAUACAAAAUGCUCAUAGAACAUGCUCAAUUUGGCUUGGAGUUGGUGAUGGACAGGAAGAAAGAUUUCGAUUGUUUGAAUAUUCAUAUUCCACAGCUAAUGUUUAUGAUGAUAGCAAUGUCACUAAAAUUGACCCAUCCCGCUUCAUGAAAGAGCAUUGCGACCAGUCUUGCAUUGACAAUUAUGCAUUAAAAGAUAUUGUUUAUUGGGGCGUACAUUUGGGCUGCUGGAACAGCCAAUUGCGUAAUUCCCAUGGUAACAUGAGUGCAGAAACUGUCAUCAAUUUGGUGGGUAAAGUUCAAACCGGUGAUCUUCAAGCUGUUGUUUAUGAUUUUGAGAGUUCCAAGAUGUAUGUGAGCAAUGCUAAAGGCAGCAAUGAGUCUGGGCCUCCCAAUGCUUAUGACAGACAGUUUGUGACGCUGGAUAUGAAGGCAUUGUUUAACCAAACUAAGCCAAACAUUGUGUGAUGAACUGCUGUUUUAAUGCUAUGCUUGUAAUAAUUUUUUAUUAAUAAA